AUGGGGAAGAGACAAAACCAGCAGAGUGAUUCUUCACCGAUGAAAUUAGAAAACGCGUCCAUAGGACAGGAUCCAGAAGAUAACCAGAAUCAGGAUCCUCCCAAGGUUAUUUUGCUUCCAGAAGGUAUGCAAAAUGGUACCAAACGUAGAAGGGUUGUUAGGGCGUGUGACAGAUGCCGGAAAUUGAAGAUCAAAUGCUCUGGUGAUUUGCCGUGCAUUCAUUGUACAGUCUAUAAUUAUGAGUGCACAUAUGCACAACCAAAUAAAUCAAAGAGGAAACCACCACCACCACCGCCGGCAUCGUCCUUUGUAUCGAAAGAGGGAAGUAAGAAUCACGAACAUGGACAUGGACAGACGCAAGCAAAAUCGCCCUAUAUUAAACCAAAGGUGAAUUUCAAGAGUGUCAAUACUGUGAAAAGUAAAACACCUCAAUCUCAAUCAAUGGAGAGAUUCAAUUCGUCAACUGUCUCGGUACUUGCGGCCUCAAAUCCGGAGCUCUUCUCCAAACUCACCGAUAGGUUGAAACUAUACGAUGAUAUCUUGCAUCGCUUGUUACCGGAUAUUAAGUUGACCGACUUGAAUGAUAAUCCCAAACCUAUUAAUCCAAUGAAGUUAAUGACUGCAUUGAAUAAAUUGAGACAGAAUAAUAAAGAUGUAUCUAAAGCUUCAAGUAAACAGAUUGCCAAAGUUUAUGACUCGUUGCCUGAUAUGCCCCUACCCAGUAUACCCAUCUCAAAAUUACCACCAUCGCAAUUCUUACAGCCUGAUCACUUGCAGUCGCAGCCGCAGUCACAAUCACAGCCACUUUCACAGCCGUCCCAGGCACCAGAAAAUCCAUCUAUUUCACGAAUAAACAGCAGCUUGAACCUCAAUAGUAAUCAGAGUCAAGAUAUUGAUGGGUCGUUGCAGUCUUCAAUGGGUAAAGAGAUCAAGAUUAUCUUACCUUCUAGAGAGGUUGCACUUGAUCUAAUCACAAAAACCUGGGAGAAUGCAUGUGUUUUGUUUAGGUUUUAUCAUCGUGUGGCAUUCAUUGAGGAUUUGAAUGAACUUUAUGAUACGGACCCAAAUCAAUAUUCUAAUAAACAACAGCGCUUUUUACCACUUGUGUAUUCGGUUAUGGCAUGUGGUGCGCUGUUCUAUAAAAGUGAUGAAAAUACCUUAAAACUGGCAGCUUCAAAAUCCGGAGAAGGGAAGAAUGAUGGAAACAACGGCGAGAAGGAGGAAAGUGAUGAUGAAGAUAUAGGCGUUGGAUCUCCGGCUUCAGAUCAUAUCCAAAGACAAGACGUCGAAGAUGAAGGUUACAGAUAUUUCAUAGCUGCAAGGAAACUAAUUGACAUCACAGAUACAAGAGAUACUUAUGGCAUCCAAACAAUUGUCAUGUUAAUUAUUUUUCUACAAUGUUCAGCCAGAUUAUCGACAUGUUAUGCGUAUAUUGGUAUUGCAUUACGUGCCGCACUCAGAGAGGGGCUGCAUAGAAAGUUAGACUACCCGUUCAAUCCGAUUGAAUUAGAAAUUAGAAAAAGACUAUUCUGGACAAUAUAUAAGAUGGAUAUCUAUGUCAAUACGAUGCUUGGACUACCAAGAACAAUCAGUAGUGAUGAUUUUGAUCAAGACAUGCCUAUCGAACUGGACGAUGAAAACAUAACUGUGACUGGCUACAGGUUUGAUAGGCAAGGCGAUAGACUAUCCAGUUCAGGCAUUGCAAAUGCACACACGCGUUUGAUUUUGAUCAUGAAAGAAGUCGUCACCAAAUUAUAUCCAAUUAAACCACAAAAGGUGAAUAGAGAUAAUGAUAAUAACGCCAAUAGCACCAAUAGCAAUGAAUCGAUGAGAAGUAGUUAUGUUUAUGAGUUAGAAUUGCAGCUACAAGAUUGGAUGAAUGGACUACCGUUGGAGUUGAAACCUGGUGUCGAGCCACCACAUAAGUACUUGAAAGCUAACCGUUUGCUACAUAUUUCUUAUUUACACGUUAAGAUUAUCCUAUAUAGGCCAUUUAUUCAUUAUGUGUCGGCAAAGUUGCGUUCGAAUUCAUUGCAUGAUGUUGUCUGCAUUGAAAAGGCUAAGAAUUGUAUCAAUGUUGCCAGACUGGUUGUCAAGUUAAGCGAGGAUAUGAUCAACAAGAACAUGUUGAGCGGGUCUUACUGGUUUUCAAUUUAUACCAUUUUUUUCUCUGUUGCAUGUCUAGUCUACUAUGUUCAUUUUGCUCCUCCUGUGAACAAGAAUGGGGAAUUGGACCAAGAGUAUAUUGCAAUCAAGAAAGAUGCUGAAAAUGGUAAGAGGGUGUUGGACAUUCUAAAGGACAGCAGCAUGGCGGCACGCCGUACAUACAAUAUACUUAACGCCUUAUUUGAGCAGUUGAAUAGGAAAACGGCUCGAGCUAGUUCUAAGAGUCAGGAGGAGAAUAUGGAGCAAUUUGUACCUGCACAUAUGGCCAGUGCUAGCAACGACUUUGGUAACCAACAGUUCAGUAGUAGCAAUGCGAAUGAAAUGGUUACCUCAUACACGCCGCCAUUUUCACAGUUCACACCGAAUGGGAAGACGCCAUUGAAGGGAUUCACGCCUGACAAUAGUGACCCAAAUGGCAUUACGGGGUAUAAGUAUGUUCCUGGGCCUAUGGAUCAAAUGGAAAUGAAAGUGUUUGGGCGGUUCUUGCCACCGUACAUGUUGGACAAAAGUGAGUCGGAGAAGAUCAGGAGAGACCGUUGGGCAAAAAGCAACCAGGCGGAGACGGCGAUGCGAGGCGAAGGUCAAAUGCAAGCGCAAGAACAAAGACAAGUUGCAGAACAAGUACAGCCACAAGGACAAGAAGCUGGCGGCAUCUCGACCACACCUAUGCAAGAUCCGGCGAAGCAGGAAGAUCUGGGUGUGUUUACUCCUGACAUUCAGGGGUUAUUUGAUUUUAUGAAGCACAACAACGAUGCUGGAGACAAGGACCAUGAGAGAAGACGCCAAGCUGGAUCCCAAUGUGGAUCUGGAGUUGGAUAUGAGUAUGGAGGUGGAAAUGGAGGUGGAAAUGGAGGUGGAAAUGGAGGUGGAAAUGGAGGUGGAAAUGGAGGUGGAAAUGGAAGUAUAAGUGGAAACGGAGGUGAAGGUGAAGGUGAAGGAGGAAGUGACUGGAUUGAUGCUGAAGUGUUGGACACAACCAACGAGUUUUUCAACCAGGUCAACAAUGCUAUACCGUCUGGGCUAACGACGGUCUUCCAGAGUGAGACGGACAAGAAUGCUACGAGGGAUGGAGGUUUAGAGAGCGAGCCAGCACCUCCUGAGAGGACGAUCGAGCUCCCCAGUCGGUUUACCAGUAACGAGGGAGUUGAAAUGCUCGAUGAGCUCUUGUUUGGAAGUGGAUGGGAUCAUGAAAAUGCUGGAAAUUCCGAAUCACCGGAUCAACACUAA